AUGGUGAUAGAAAAGAUAAAAGACGAUGGACAGUCUGUUAGUUGUUCAUUAUUGUCAUUGCAGAUUGCUGUAGGAGUCAUGAUCGGCUCCAAGUUCGGAUUGACAGGCGAAGGGUCCUUCAGUAAGGGUGAGGCCAACUUCCUAGUGUUCCUAAUCUGCGCUUACGUAGCAGCCUUUUCGUGGUCAUGGGGCCCGUUAGGGUGGUUGGUACCCAGUGAGAUCUGCCCACUAGAAGUCCGAUCGCCUGGUCAGGCCAUUAACGUGUCCGUAAACAUGUUGUUCACCUUCAUCAUUGCUCAGGGCUUCCUUUCCAUGCUCUGCCACAUGAAAUUUGGUCUCUUCUUUUUCUUUGGCGGCUUCGUGAUCCUCAUGACCAUCUUCGUGUUCUUCUUCUUGCCCGAGACAAAGAAUGUCCCAAUUGAAGAGAUGAACAGGCUUAUGAAGGCGCAUUGGUUCUGGGGUAAAUACAUCCCCGAUGAAGAGGCCACUGGGGACAAGUACACCGCUUGACUUGACAAGGAUUGCUUAUCGUAAACUCGACUGGAGCUGCAACCAUAUAUGACCGCGAUCGUAAACUUCCUCAUCAAUUUUUGGCAAUACCUAGUGCGUUCCACCUUGUUUCCAGAGACUGAGAGUGCCCAUAUAUGUGCAAUUGCCACAAAAAAGUUUUGCUUCA